ACAGCCCAUCACAUUUUUCCCAAUCCCAAAAUGGCCCUUCCCUCUCACCUCUUCCUCGUGUCUUCCUUUCUCUUGCUAGGAUUCGUUGCGUUGGCAUAUGGGAGAUAUUUCUCAAUUGUUGGACACUCUCCUGAGGACUUGGCCUCUGAUGAGGGGCUCAUCUCCCUCUUUCAAUCAUGGGCUUCAAAGCAUGGCAAAGUGUAUAGGGAUUUUGAGGAGAAAUUAAGGAGAUUUGAAACGUUUAAGGACAAUAUAAAACACAUUGAUGAGACAAAUAGGAAGAACAAGAGCUAUUGGCUUGGGCUUAAUGAAUUUGCAGACAUGAGCCAUGAAGAGUUCAAGGAGAAGUAUUUGGGGGUGAAACCCAUCUUUCCUAGGAGGAAUGGAGGCGAAAACUUUCGGUAUAGGGACGUCGAGAACAUUCCCAAGUCUGUGGAUUGGAGGAAGAAGGGAGCUGUUACUGCGGUGAAGAACCAAGGGCAAUGUGGGAGUUGUUGGGCAUUCUCAACAGUAGCAGCGGUGGAGGGCAUCAACAAGAUUGUUGCAGGGAACCUAACCUCUCUCUCCGAGCAAGAGUUGAUAGAUUGUGACACAGUGAAUCAGGGGUGCAAUGGUGGUCUCAUGGACUAUGCUUUCUCCUACAUCAUGUCCAAUGGUGGAAUUCACACCGAGAAUGAUUAUCCGUAUCUCAUGACAGAAUCAGAAUGCCAAGAGAAGAAGGGAGAAUUGAAGGUAGUGACAAUCAAUGGCUAUGAAGAUGUGCCCGUAAACGAUGAAGCAAGUCUCCUAAAAGCCCUGGCGCACCAGCCAGUUAGCAUUGCUAUACAGGCAUCCGGCGUAGACUUCCAAUUCUACAGUGGGGGAGUUUUCACAGGAUCUUGUGAUACUGAUCUUGACCAUGGAGUUGCUGCUGUUGGUUAUGGCUCAACUAAAGGAUUGGACUACAUCAUUGUGAAGAAUUCAUGGGGGCCAAAUUGGGGAGAAAAAGGUUACAUCAGAAUGCAGAGGAGUACAGGCAAGCCUGAGGGCCUAUGUGGCAUUAAUAAGAUGGCAUCUUACCCUACCAAAAACAUUAAACCUUGACAUUGCUUCUUCCUCUACGAAUGUACCAAAUUGUUUGAUGCCCAAUAAUACUCAAUAUUGUCUUGUUGCCCAACAUUAAUAUGACUAUGUUGUGGUCUCUCUUUAUUAUUGAAGUUUGAACUAAAGUUUCCAA